GAUAUUUUACUAAUAAUUGGACUAUAAAACCACAUAAUUCAUUAAUCUUCAACUGCUACACGAAAAACUUAAUCAAGUUUUGUUAAAAUCACGUUUAAAUUUUCUCUUGAAAUCAUAUAGAAGUUAAUAUAUCUUAUAUUUUUUGAGCUUGCUUCAUGGAAGUUCUGUUGCGGCUUAAUGCCUUUGUGCUUUUGGGUUUUUGCGUUGCAGUACGUGCCAGCAUCCCCGUGCCACCUCUGUUAAAACCUGCCACUUCGAUAUCAGCCAACUCCUUCGUCUGCAAGUUGAUAGAAAAUUUCUCCCCAACAUUUCGGCGAUCGAGACGGUCAGGCCAUAUCACUCCAUUCAACGUGAAAGGACUCUUGACUCCUAACUAUGGCUACUAUGCUGUAGAUAGAUCAGACGAAAGUUCCGACAACAUCACUAUUAAAAUGGAUGGUUUGAAGUCCGGAACAUUCUACACUUUUGAGUUGUUACAAAUUUUGAGUUUCUUUGACGAGGGUCCGGGAGAUGUGAUUGACAUCUAUCCAAGCUCAACUGAUCAGAGCUGCUCUGCAAUGACAGAUUUCCCUGAAUUGGCAGGGGGUGAAUUGGAGGCAGUUUCUAAAAAUGGGAAAGAUGAGGAGUUCUGUGUGAUGUUUUUCUACCCCAAAAAUGAUAUCAGCUACAACAGGUACAAACUCGAGGUGGAGCAGGGAUCGAUCAAUCAAGUGGCGGCGGGUGGGGACGGAUUCAAAGCUAUUGCCGAAAUA